CGGUGUGAAGCACUUCGAAAAAUCUUGAAAGCAUACCUCAGAAAAAAAUUGCGAGAGGAGACCCAGGCACUGGCAUGAACAAAAUCGUCGCUUUGGUUUUACUUUUCCCUGUGCUGUUCUUUGUCUGCGAAGGAGCAGGUGACCCUUGCUGUGCGGAACCAUGUCAAAACAGGGGUGUCUGCACAUCGCGAGGUGCGGACGCAUAUGAAUGCGACUGCACAAGAACUGGAUAUUAUGGACAGAACUGCACCACCCCCGAAUUUUUCACAUGGCUAAAAGUCACGCUGAAGCCGAGUCCGAACACCAUACAUUACCUGCUGACGCAUUUCGAAGGAGUUUGGAACAUCAUCAACAACAUCUCCUUCCUCCGAGAUGCUAUCAUGCGUUAUGUAUUGACGUCUCGGUCACAUUUAAUCGACAGCCCCCCGACCUACAACGUCGAUUACAGUUAUAAAAGCUGGGAGGCAUACUCAAAUCUCACAUAUUACACGCGAACACUUCCACCAGUAUCUAAGGAUUGCCCAACACCAAUGGGAGUGUCAGGGGGCAGGGCCCUUCCUGAUGCUAAGCUGGUGGUGGAGAAGGUGCUGCUGAGGAAACGCUUCAUUCCAGAUCCGCAGGGGUCCAGCCUCAUGUUCGCGUUCUUCGCCCAGCAUUUCACCCACCAGUUCUUCAAGACGGAUAUGAAGAAGGGGCCAGCCUUCACUAGAGGUCUGGGACACGGGGUGGACCUCAGCCACAUCUAUGGAGAGACCCUGGAAAGGCAGCACAGACUGAGGCUCUUCAAAGAUGGCAAGCUGAAGCAUCAGGUCGUGGACGGGGAGGUGUACCCCCCAACGGUGGAGCAGGUUGGAGUGGAGAUGCACUACCCCCCCAACGUCCCUGCGGAGCACCGCCUCGCAGUGGGCCACGAGGCCUUCGGCCUGGUGCCAGGCCUCAUGAUGUACGCCACCAUCUGGCUGCGCGAGCACAACCGCGUCUGCGACGUGCUGAAGCAGGAACACCCCGACUGGGACGACGAGCGCCUUUUCCAGACCACCCGCCUCAUCCUGAUCGGUGAGACCAUCAAAAUUGUCAUCGAGGACUACGUGCAGCACCUGAGUGGCUACCACUUCAAGCUGAAGUUCGACCCGGAGCUGCUGUUCAACCAGCGCUUCCAGUACCAGAACCGGAUCGCGUCCGAGUUCAACACGCUUUAUCACUGGCACCCUCUGAUGCCCGACAACUUCCACAUCCAGGACCAGGUCUACAGCUACCCGCAGUUCGUCUUCAAUAACUCCCUGGUCAUGGAGCAUGGCAUCAGCAAUCUGGUGGAGUCCUUCACCAAGCAGGUUGCUGGCAGGGUUGCUGGUGGCCAGAAUCUUCCUCCUGCCGUCGUGAAGGUGGCGGCGAACACCAUUGAGCACAGCCGGCAGAUGCGUUACCAGUCGCUGAAUGCAUACCGGAAACGGUUUGCCAUGAGGCCAUACAGCUCCUUCCAAGACCUGACAGGUGAGACAGAGCUGGCAGCUGUGCUGGAGGACCUCUAUGGUGACAUUGACGCGGUGGAACUGUACCCGGGCCUGCUGGUGGAGAAGCCCAGGGCCAAUGCCGUCUUCGGGGAGACCAUGGUGGAAAUGGGGGCCCCGUACUCGCUGAAAGGGCUGAUGGGAAACCCCAUCUGCUCCCCUGAGUACUGGAUGCCCAGCACCUUUGGCGGGAAGGUGGGCUUCGAAAUCGUUAACACCGCCUCCCUGAAGAACCUGGUGUGCCGCAACGUGCGGGGACCUUGCCCAAUGGUGUCCUUCCAUGUGCCUGACGUGAAGGAUGCGGGUACGGCCACCAUCAAUGCAAGCACGGCAGAUGCAGGCCAGGGUGAGGUGAACCCCACCAUCCUACUAAAAGAAAGGACUUCUGAGCUGUAAUCAGCCACACCACUAAAGGGGAGGCUGCAGUCCUCUCUCAAACAUGUUUAUUUAUUUGGACUUCUUAUUUAUUUUUAUUUAUUUAUUUAUGACUUUCAUGAUUCUCUGUUGAUUGUAUUUUUCCAUGGCCGUGAAUUAGAGAGGUGCACUGUUACUUAUAUAAACUUUU